AUGGAUGCUAAAAAGACAAAGAAAUACUCUCUCACAUCCUUCCCGGCUUUGAGAGGAAAAAAGAAACAAAAUAAUACCUCUGUGAAGGUUGAGAGUAAGCCUUUGGUUCAAGCCCAGAAACCUCCUUGCAAGACCAAGAACUUUAGAAUGACCCAAUUUUUACGUAAGACUUUAAACCCCAACAUUCCCUGUAUUCCUUCACUCCCUUCUGUGGAAAACAAAGAGAAGAAGAAUAUGGUUAACUUUCCACAUAUCGGCAACAAAAUAUUGCUGAAGUCACCGCUACUGUAUCAGGAUACGCAGAUGCACUUAUUGUCCUCUGAACACACAACUUCACAAUCAACUUUCCAAAGUAGCACUAAAUCCCAUGCAUCCAAAUCAGAGGAGAAACCAGCCAAGAACACAAAAGUACCCCUGACAGCCUCAGAAGCCCUCAAGUUCUUUAAAAACCAAUUGUCUGCAUAUGAGCAAAGUGAAAUCCUGGGCUACACUGAGCUGUGGUUUCUGGGACUCGACGCUCAGAAACUCCAUGUGCCUCCUCAGAAAUGCAGCAGAACAUGCUUUGACGAUGAACGUGGGUCCUAUAUAAAGGUGAUGCAGGUUCUACAUGACCACAUUGCCUACCGCUAUGAGGUUCUGGAGAUGAUCGGCAAAGGGUCCUUUGGGCAGGUAGCCAAGUGCCUGGAUCACAAAAACAAUGAGCUGGUAGCCUUGAAGAUCAUUAGGAACAAGAAGAGAUAUCAACAACAGGCUCUGGUGGAGCUGAAGAUCCUGGAGGCUCUCAGAGACAAGGACAAAGACAACAAUUACCAUGUGGUACAUAUGAAGGACUUUUUCUACUUCCGCAACCACCUCUGCAUCACCUUUGAACUCCUAGGAAUUAACUUAUAUGAGUUAUUGAAGAAUAAUAGCUUCCAAGGUUUUAGUCUCUCAAUCAUUCGACGAUUUACCCUUUCUGUGUUGAAGUGUUUGCAAAUGCUUUAUGUAGAAAAAAUUAUUCACUGUGACCUCAAACCUGAGAAUAUAGUGUUAUACCAGAAGGGUCAAGUUUCUGUUAAAGUUAUUGACUUUGGAUCAAGUUGUUAUGAGGACCAGAAAGUGUACACCUAUAUCCAGAGUCGGUUCUACCGAUCCCCAGAAGUGAUCCUUGGUCAUUCCUACAACAUGGCCAUUGAUAUGUGGAGCCUGGGUUGCAUCAUGGCCGAACUGUACACGGGCUACCCUCUGUUCCCAGGAGAGAAUGAGGUAGACCAGCUGGCCUGCAUCAUGGAGGUGCUGGGCCUGCCACCACGCCACUUCAUUCAAACAGCCUCCAGGAGACAGACCUUCUUUGAUUCCAAAGGUUUUCCUAAACAUAUAACCAACAAAAGGGGGAAAAAAAGAUACCCAGAUUCCAAGGACCUCACGAUGGUGCUGAAAACUUAUGACCACAGCUUCCUGGAUUUCCUCAGAAGGUGUUUGAUAUGGGAACCUUCUCUUCGCAUGACCCCUGACCAAGCCCUCAAGCACGCUUGGAUUCAUGAACAGCGAAACUUCAAACCCCGGUCCAGGGCUCAGACCCUGAAAAACUCCAGUCUCUAUUUCCCCUGUGAAACAAGGAAAGAUAAGGUUCCAGGGCAUCAUUACAUUGGCAAAAAAGAUGGGAUCGUGAAAGAUGUUUUGGACAAAAUUAAAGAUGGAGCAUGUAAGCACACGCAGAAUUCAAGUGAUCCGCACCACACCCUCACACGCACCGAAGAGGUUGUCCAUCUGCCUAGACUCAUUGAAACAUCCGUAAAGUCUGAAACAAUCACCAAGUCUGCUGAAUCCAAGGCCUCCCCAGAAGCAACGAAAAACUCCACACCCAAGAGCAAGAUUAUUUUGCCACCUAUUGUAUGA